ACCGUUUGCCAUUUAUUUCAAUAUGGCUGUGGUUUUCUUAUUUCAUUGACGGUAUUUACGCGUUUUCCAUAUAAAGACGUAUUUCCGUUAUGAUGAUGUAAUUGGCAAUACGUGUAGGGACAAAAGAAGAUUCAAGUGACUACAGCUGAGAAUUAUACGGUGUAGCAGCUGCCGCGUUCCAUUCUACGAGGAUGCCCCUGCAAAGAAAGAUGAAGCCCCAUUAGAUGUCCGGACAGACUGAGACACGAGAGAUGGGGACAACACGUCACUGAGGGAGAUUAUUUUCCUAGGAGACUGUAUAGUAGUGCUGUCUAAGGUUCAUGCAGACAUACUAAGUCACGUUUGUGAAAGCCACCCUGGUGCUAACAAUUGUACGUCGUUUACCGGAUAUCAAGAUUGAUUUGCAACACGUAAAUCGGGUAAAUCAGCACGCAUCACCACAAGCGUAAACAUGCCAAAGUACUACUGUGACUACUGCGACACGUACCUGACGCACGACUCGCCGUCGGUGCGCAAGACGCACUGCAGCGGCCGCAAGCACAAGGACAACGUGCGCAUCUACUACCAGAACUGGAUGGAGGAGCAAGCGCAGAGCCUCAUUGAUGCGACGACGGCCGCCUUCAAGGCCGGCAAGAUCCAGAGCAAUCCAUUCCAGGGACAGCCGGGUCCUGGCGGAGCGAUGAUCCCGCCCCCGCCCAGCAUAGGACAGGUGCGCUCUGAGGGAGGAGGACCGGGCGGGCCGCACCCGCCCAUCAUGGGCAUGGGACCAGGCGGCCCGAUGAUGGGCGGCCCGAUGGGUGCACCGAUUGGCAUGGGGCCCGCCGGCCCUGUGCCGUUGCUGGGGCCUGGAGGGAUGCGGCCGAUGGGACCGAUGGGGCCGAUGGGAUCGAUGCCAGGCAUGAUGGCGAUACGAAUGAAUGGCCCAGGCCCGAGGAACUGAUGUAACAUCGACGUACGAUAGGACUGUCCGUGUGUCCGUGUGUGUAUGUGUGCGUGGAUCGGUGUGGUGAAUAAUGUUUCAAUGUGUAAUUCAUCUGAUGAGUUUCAUGUAUUAGUCAAACCUAUUUUGAUGUUUCUGGAAUGAUGUUUUUGCGUGCCAUGCAUUUAUUCUAGUUUGGUCAUUCCCACAAAUAUAAGAAAUACAGUAUUGUAUUAAUUGUGCUAUAAACAUUAGGGGUGUAACGAUACAUUUUGUUUCGGUUCGGUUCGGUUCGGUUUUUGGUUUUUGCUCUUUCGGUUCAGUUCAUUCGGUUCGGUUAUUUUCAGUAGUAAAAAUGCUGAGAAGAUGGGGAAAUUUUCCCUCCAUUUUGAAUUAUUUUAUAGGGACGGGGCUUGGCGUAAGUGCUGAGCUGUUUGCUCGCCGUGUGCGCCCCCCUAACUGAGAGUUGGUUGAAUGUAUUUUGCGGAACCGAACCGAGAACCGAAACAAAAAAAACAAAACCAAAAACCGAACCGAACGGGAUGUACCGCCGCGAUACAGUUGAAUCGCGGUUAAUCGUUACACCCCUAAUAAACAUGUACUUGAUAGACACCAGUGCUAAAACUUUUUAGUCAUAUUUUUAUUUUAGUCUCAUUGAAACUUUUUGGUUUCUCUAGUUGUCAGUUGUUAGUUUAGCACAGAGAAGUGGUAAAUUAUCACCCAAAGAUUUUGACUUCGAUUUUAUUUUGUUUCCACGUAUAGCACUCUGUUAAUUGUUCCCAUUAUACAUUUAUGUGUACAACAAAUAUAAUAGUGCAAUUUUCCAUUGAGACGUGAUGUUCUCAAAACCAAGUAUGUUGUCGAGAUAAUUAGCACUUUAGUGAUUUUAAUACAGAGAGUUAAAUAUAGAAA